AUGCAAUCUUGUCGCUUUUAUAACGAGACUACCCAACCCAUUAUCACAGUCGUGAUCACCAUUUUACUCCGCAUGGAGAAGCGAAGUGCCCUCAAGAUCGUCGGUGUGCUUCUCGCUACGGCGGGUGCGAUGAUCGUUACUUGGUUCUCUGGCGGAGGAACGGAAGGGAAGAAUAUUCUGCUCGGCUCGCUCUUUUUCUUCAUCAACUGUGUGAGCAGUUCUAUGUUUGUGAUCGUGUCGAAAGCGCUGGUGCAGCUGUAUCCGGCUCUCUCGGUGACAUCGCUCUCGUACAAUGUGUGCUCGGUUUUGGUGAUGAUCGUUGGAUUGGUGAUGGAAUGCCAGCGCGUGGAGCAUCCCGAAGGAAGGCAUUUGGUGUUUGUUGUGUGGUGCAAUCGGUACAUUGAUGCAUCGAUCAUCUCGGCGUAUUCCACGUUCCAGCCCAUCUCUACGACGAUUGUGGCCGUUUUGUUCUUGCACGAAGUGCUGAAGUGGGGCGAUCUGGGCGUGUUUUUGGUGUUUUUGGGACUGGGGUUUGUGAUUUAUGAUAGUUAUAAGAGCAAACGUAGCGAUGGAGAGAUGAGAUGA